AUGGACCUUGACUUGAACCAAUGCGUGGGCGUGUGCAAGCGUCUGCAUCUGGACGUGGCCAUGACAUCGCUUGUCAGCAGAGGCCUGCAUGACUAUGUCAGCCCCGUGAUGGAUCAGUGGAAGCGAUUGAUGACCACACACCAGACCCCAGAGGCACGCGACAAGCGGUUGUACCGGCUGUUGUUGUUUAUUCACUCGGCGUUGUGUGGGCGGCCCUUCUACGGACAGAGUGCGGCGGAAGAUGUACUGCAACACGGACGCCAUCAGUUGUUUGUGGAGUUGUUUCAGCGCGAUACGGCCCAUCAUAUUCUAGCGAGUCUGUUGGCCCUGGAUAGUAAGCAGAGUGGGGUAUCUUGA